GCGUCGUUCGUGUGUUUUGUGCGUUCACAACACUAGCGCCAUUCUAUAGACAUCGAGAGGUGAUUCGAUUUCACGAACUAAUACUGGCAGCGCGAAGCGGUCAGUACGUGUGCCAUUCUGCACCGAGAAAUGGAAGCCGACGAGACGCGUUCGAACAAUACGAGCGUAAGCACGUUGAUGAUGUACGAAGUCGUGUGUGAGGAUACAGUGACAGCUGUGGAUAGGUACGCGUUUUAAAUCUGUUAUGAUUAAGAACGUGCCAAGUAAAGCCGGUCAUCGACCAGCUGUGAAUUCAAGGAAGAGAUCGUUGUAAACGCGCGUGUCGAAAAUUCUGUGAACGUGCGUUUUGAUUUAUCGGUUUGUUACGCCUAGUCGAAAUCGUAUUACCGAAAAGAAUCUUACCGAAAAAAACAGUGCGUGUAAGAACCUUUUUGGAUACUACCUGACAAGAUGUGGUGUCUCGUUAGUCAAGCUAAUUCUGUCAUUCUUGAAGUACAAGUCGAUCCCAAAGCUAUUGGUCAGGAGUGUCUCGAAAAGGCAUGCGACUGCUUGGGAAUCAGCAAGGAAUGCGACUACUUCGGGCUCAAGUAUCAGAACGCGAAGGGCGAGGAGCUCUGGUUGAAUCUGAGGAAUCCCAUAGAGAGGCAAACGGGGGGCGGUGUUGCCCCUCUGAGAUUCGCGUUGAGGGUUAAGUUUUGGGUACCGCCUCACCUGUUGCUGCAAGAAGCCACCAGACACCAAUUCUACUUACACUCUCGCCUCGAGCUCCUCGAAGGUAGACUAAAAGCGGCGGAUUGGAGUUCGGUGGUGCGUUUGGUUGCUUGGAUAGCGCAGGCUGAUAUCGGUGAUUAUGACCCAUUGUCGCCACCGAACGCGCUCUACUCCCAAUGCUGUCAAAUUCAACCUGUGGAACGGUGUGAAUCGAAACCGCAGGACCUUAUUCACCGGAUAGUACAACAACACAAGGAAAUGAAGGGAAUGAAACCUUCCACGGCGGAAUAUUGGUUGUUAAAAGAGGUGUCUAAUUUGGAUACGUUCGGCCAGGAGAUGUUUCACAACACUAAAUUUGGGUACAACGGAGUGUCGAUGAUCGGAGUCGGGCCACACGGUAUCACGGUUUAUCGUAAUCGCGACGAAGAAACGCAAAACAUACCGUACACGGCGAUACAGAGCGCAACGUCCCAACGUCGAAUGUUCCAUUUGGUUUAUCUUUCCCUCGAUGGCGAGGAGACAUCGUUAAAUUUCAAAUUAGAUUCGAGUCAAUCCGCCAGCGGUUUGUAUCGUGCGAUCACCGAGAAGCACGCGUUCUACAGUUGCGAGACAGUGAGGAGCGCGGUCACCGCCCAAUUUAUACGCGAUUUGAAGGGCACUAUAAUCUCGAUAUUCAACGAGGACUCGACGUUAGGAAAGAAAUACGUGUUCGACAUACGUAGAACGUGUCGAGAGGUGUACGACAAUGCGCGGCGAGCUCUAUACUGCGAGGCUGCGACCGUCACUCUGCCAGAGGAAAAGGAAAUUUUGGAGAAGCACGAUUGCGGGGAUUGCGAGGAGCCUAAAUGCAAGGAAUCCCGAGAAUGCCUGGCAAAAUUACUGGACGCGAUGCUGUGCCGCAUUUGCAUGGAUCGCAGUUUCGACACCGCCUUGUUUCCGUGCGGACACGCGGUCGCCUGUUUGGAUUGCGCCAGACGGUGCGAACGUUGUCCCCUCUGUCGUGCCGAUAUCGACCAUUGUCGGACGAUAUAUCUCCCGAUCGAGUUAACGCACGUCGAUAAGCACAAUCCAAAAUUGCUCUCGGAAUCCAUCGAGCCUAGUUACAGCAAUUCUUCCGCGGAGGAGAUUCAAAAGAGAGUUUUGGCAAGCGAAAGCUCGAUGGUAAACGAUAAUGAUAUUUGAGAGCAUCGCCAUACCAAAUUCGACACGUUUCAAAAGUUCUUCUUUAAAAUUUUUGCUUGUCAGAUUGUUGCGAAAACGUUGCAUUGAGUUUCUCUCUCUCUUGACUCGUUCACUCUCGCAUUACUUUCUCUACCUCUUUUUCUAUCUAUCUAUAUAUAUAUAUAUGUAUGUAAUUAUUUUUAUUAUCUGUCUUUUAAAUUUGUUAUUUUUCUCUUUUUUUAAUCUAUGUUAUGUAUUUGGGAAAAUUGAGUUAUUUUUCUUUUGGACGCGUGUUGGAAAUCGUUAAAUAAUCGUUUUCUUGCUGGUAUUUUGAAUUCCU